CAUCCCCCACCCAUCUAUCCACCCAUCUCCCACCCAUCCCCUAUUAUCCCCCAUUCAUCCACUCAUCUCAUCCACCCAUCUCUGCAUACAACCACCCAUUAGGACAUCAGAGGAUGGAGAAACCAGAGAGGCUGGUAUGGCUGAAGGAUGUGGAGGAGAAGCACCGUAGCGGGCCUCACAGCAUGGGGAAGAUGCAGACGUGAGAUGGGAGACCAGCAGUGUGCUCACUGAGAGGCAGGCAUAGGCAGGUAUGGGUAAGGAAUAGCAUGUGGUGGGAAACAGGCAGUGAAGAGCUGACAACAGAGGCCAGGAGGCUGGAAGGUGAGCAGAGCCCUGCUGUCAGGCGCUUAAAACCAAGACACGCAGGCUUGGUCUAAAGGCUAUUAGUGGGAAGGGGCUGGCAGUGAUGAAGGCCACUCCUGGGCCCAUCCUUGUCAGCCUGAGCAAGCUCUGGCUGGCCCAUGCUACCCUCACCUGACACCUGCUUCCUGCCUCUGGCCUCCACCUUGCAGGUGUGUAUCAGGUGCACACCAGGCAGAGGCAUGUGGAGGGGGCUGCAGGGAGGGGGUGCCAGGCAGGGCUAGAGCAACAAGGGCAGAGGCCACACUGAACCUGGGUCUUAAGGGUCCCCAAGGCUGGAGCUGGGUGGCUUAUGUAAACCCCCGAGGCACAGCCAGGACGUGGGGCUCAUCAGAGGGGCAGUCUGAGCUAGUGGGAAAGGCCUUCUCUGCAGAGCUGUCCCAGGGCCACAGGACAUGGCUGGGGAGGGGUGAGUUCCCCAGUGUUGGAGGUGUGCAAGCAGAGGGCAGGGCCAUCAUCCUCAGACAGAGCUCCCAGAUCCAGCUCCCUGCCCGCCUGCCAUGUUCCUGCCAGCUGCCUCCCCACUGGGCCCUGUACCACCUUCCUGACUCACACGGCCGGUUCCUCCACCGCCCAGAAGCCAUUGCCCAAGGGGCUGGGUAUAAACCCUUGCUGUGAGGCCGGCUGCCUCUCACUGCUCCUGAGCACGGAGGAAUGGCGUCUCGCUGGGCUGUGCAGCUGCUGCUCGUGACAGCCUGUAGCAUGGGCUUUGGUGAGGCCUUGAGGUGCUACACCUGUGAGCAGCCCACAGACCCUGCGUUCUGCAAGAACAUUACCUACUGCAAGCCAAAGGACACAGCCUGCACGACCAAGCUGGUGAUGGUGGAGGCAGAGUACCCCUUCCAGCAGACACCCAUGGUGACCCGCUCCUGCUCAAGCUCCUGCAUCGCCACUGACCCCGACAGCAUCGGGGAUGCCCACCUGAUCUUCUGCUGCUUCCGAGACCUCUGCAACUCAGAACUCGGAGCCUAGGGCGGCAGGGUGGAAGGCGCUCCUCAGGCGCCUCCUGUCCGACGGGGCCUGGCUCCGCCUGCGUCACCUCCCCCUGCUUCCUGCUGCUGGAGCACAGCUCACUCAAGGGGUCUGAGAGGAGAGAACCACACCAGGGGCGCCCUCUGCCUUCCACACCCCAAACUUAUAAAGACAAAUUAACCGAGAGUGGA